GCGUCUCUGGCGAGCGCGCCUCCCGGGUUUUCUUUUUAAGAGCCUGCUGAACUGAGGGGCAGGGGGCGAGUCCCGGGUCCCCCGAUCCUCCUUAGGCUCCUAGCGGAGUCUAGCAUCGGAACAGCCGCUAAAGAGGGACCCGAGCCGCGGCGCUAGGAUGGGAAACAGUGCCCUCCGCGCUCAUGUGGAAACCGCGCAGAAAACGGGUGUCUUUCAGCUUAAGGACCGCGGGCUGACUGAGUUCCCUUCAGAGUUGCAGAAGCUGACGAGCAAUCUCAGGACCAUCGACUUAUCCAACAACAAGAUAGAGAGCCUACCGCCAAUGAUUAUAGGGAAGUUCACUCUGCUGAAGAGCCUCUCCUUGAACAACAACAAACUGACUGUUCUUCCUGAUGAGUUACACAAUCUGAAAAAACUAGAGACACUAAGCUUAAACAACAAUCACUUGAGAGAACUGCCCUCUACCUUUGGGCAACUGUCUGCCCUCAAGACUCUGAGCCUCUCUGGGAACCAGCUACGAGCAUUACCACCCCAACUUUGUAGCCUACGGCACCUGGAUGUGGUGGAUCUCUCCAAGAACCAGAUUCGGAGCAUACCUGACAUAGUGGGAGAGCUGCAGGUCAUCGAACUUAAUCUCAACCAGAAUCAGAUAUCGCAGAUCUCAGUAAAGAUAUCUUGCUGUCCUCGUCUUAAAGUUCUUCGCCUGGAAGAGAACUGUCUUGAGCUCAGCAUGCUUCCACAGAGCAUCCUCAGUGAUUCCCAGAUCUGUCUGCUUGCUGUGGAGGGCAACCUUUUUGAAAUAAAGAAACUACGAGAACUAGAAGGCUAUGAUAAGUACAUGGAGAGGUUCACGGCUACCAAGAAGAAGUUUGCAUGAUGUUCUCCAUGAGCAUGGGAAUCCUUGUAGGACAUCUGCAACCUGUUGCAACUGGCUCUAUCAAAGGCUCUUGUCAAGGCCAUCUGCAGUAAGGAGCUGAUACUUUAUCUUAAAUAAGCUAAAAGGAAUCAACAGACAGGAAGUUUUCCCUUUUGAGUUAUGGAUAGGGCAGUGGACAAUGUUGAUCUUCAAAAUCAUUAGUUUGGCUUUAAGAAACCAGUAGCUAGUAGCUAUUUAUACAGUGAGGAAGGGAUGCCACCUGGUAAGAGCUCCAUACCACAGCUUGAAAUUUCAUGUUUAAUUUCAAUGUAUGAGCUUUCAUAAAGUCAACUGCCAUCCCACCUCUGUUGACAUUUCACAUUUUUAUGAAAUUCAACUACCUUGUGAGAGGCCACUAUGGUUAAUCUAAGGAUUUGUGUUUUAUUCCAGUCCAUCAGUUCAAUUAUAGUAUUUAUACUUGGAACUUAGGAUGUAUAUAAAUAUGUGACUGUCUUGAGUAGAAGUGUAGAAGCACCAAUGCAACACUAAGAGAUGAACCCCAAGGCUGCAGUAGCAAAUUCUUUUACUAUUGCAGGUGCCUUAUUGGUAGAGGGCUUGGAGAACUAAAACCAUAUAUGCAAAAUUUGUAAGAUAAAGGGGAUUUUAAUAAUCAAGAUUUUCAUGAAGCCAUUAGAAAUAAUGUCUUAUUUCUGGUAAUCCUUUUCACCUUUUUUGUAUUUAUAAGUCUACUAAUCAAAUUAUCAAAAAACUACUGCAAUAUUUUAAAACAACCUAUGUUUAUCAAGUUUAUUCUCUGAAUGAGAGAAUAUACUAAAUAAAGAAUUUUUAAUGAACUUCAUGGCUGGAAGAAAGGUUCAUCCUUUAAAAGAUGAUGGAAAAAUUUUAACCUGCAAUUGGCCCUUUCUUUGAAAGUAAACUGAUUAGGAAGAAAUAUUUCAUGUUCAGGUUGCAUGAGUACUGCAAUGCAUUCAUGUGACUGAUAAACAUUUUGUGGUGGUGGAACCAUGCUGAUUAAAAGAAACUUAAUACAAAGGUAAAAAAAUAGAUAGUUUCAGAUUGUUACUGAUAUGAACAUUUAGAAAGCUGGCCUUCUGCUAUUUUCUGAAGUUUGUCUUAGUCAAGGAGAUAUUAUUUACCAUGCAUUGAGUUUUUGUUUUACAAACCUAGUUUGACCUUUAAGUCAAGAGAUCAUAAGACCCUAGUCUUUAAUCUAUAAGAGGAAGUCUCUCUGACUUUAAUUCUGGUCUUGGUGUUCUUUUUGCCCAUGUUAUUUUCUGUUUCUCAAUUUGGGGAGGAAGAGGGGUACCAGUUUAUCAUUACUGAGAUUUUUAAAAAAUAAACUUAUGUUUAACCUUACUGAUCUACUGAUUGAAGUUAACAUUUCUCUAAAUAUUUUGUAAGUACUUAUCUAAUAAAUCAGAACUUAUAAAUUAAACUUAAUUGUUCCCAGCCACUUAAUUACUAAUUAGAGUUUUAAAAAUCCCCACCCCUAUGACAAUCAGUUACUA